AUGUCGUUCUUCUCCUGUCUACAUAGACACUUCAUUGAGAUUACCGAAAGGUUCAACACUGAUGAAGAACCACGCCACCAUCCUGAUCAAGAGGGAUUUCGACCCACAGAAAGAGAGUGGCGUGCGAGGAGGAUAGCAGAGCUCGAGAAGUGGAAAAGGCCAGAGCAAAUGCCCAUCUCAGCUGAAACCGUAUUCCUAGGUUGGUUCCGAAGCAUGAAACCUAACUGCUAUUUCCGCAAGACCAGAGAACCAGAGACCAUUGAUGACGCCUGGAACGGACUUUCUCUUAAAAAGCGUGAGCAUUAUCUGGCCAAAGCAAAGAAGAACGAAAUCUACAACACUGCUAAGCUUGCCAAGUUUAACAAGCACUGCCCACUUUCACCCUCGGUGGUAGAUCUAUCAUUGACAUGGGCAUCCCUGUCGGAGCGGGAGAUCCAAGACUGGCUACUGAUUGGACCACGCCAUGCUGCAUUGCAAAAGUGGAAAAGAUAUCGUUUCGAUCAUCCCAGGGCUUGCGGGGGCCGCGAGACACCUGUACCAGAAACACCGUUCCGAAUCAUGGACCUCCCUUUCGAAUUGCGGCGAGGUAUUUUCUCUCUCGUGCUGAGUCAAUCGUAUCCAGUGCUUCAGUUUCCCUCAGAUGGGUCGGCAGAUACGCUAACAGGGCCGGUCGAUGUGAGGCUCUUUGCUGCGAGCAGACAGGUGUUUGCAGAAGCUGUGAGAAUCUUUUACGAGGAGAACACCUUCAGCAUAGAUACCAAGCCCAGCAGGUAUUACAAGGACAUACCUCUUUUUGUACGGCAGAGCACAGGGAAUGAAGUGCCGAGACCGACAGAUUUAAUCAAGAGGGUGAAUGUCAAUGUAACAUUGACACUAACAGAUCGUACCGAAACAGACGAUUUUCUUUUCCUUUGGAAGAAAUUCUGCGAAUUUCUGAGGACGUGCAGAAACCUGCGAAAGGUUGUGGUCACCGCGCGGAGGGCUCAAAGCUUCCAGGAGGCGAUCGACAGAGCCAUAGACCGGAAGAUCGACAAAUUGAUUGAGAUGUUGAUGAAUAUCAGAAGCGCCCAUGAAGCUGUUUUCUCGGAUAUUACGAUAUCUGAGGAAUCAGUACAAGAGCCUUCAUGUUGGCAUAAACGGCGGAUAACAGGCAUUAUUGUUCGAAGCGGCUCAGGAAAAGGAGCAGCGAUGGCCGCUACAGAGACGCAGUGGCGCACGGCAUGA